GCGUGGUCUAGCAGGUGCUGAAAUUUGCGGAAGCGGAAACAGCUGCCCUGCGUCGUGUCCUCGAAGAUUCCUGCAAAGCAACCCUCGGACUAUAUAGAGGAGUGUCAACUGCUCCUGGCAUUUGGAUAAAACCUAAUGCAGACGGGAAGAAGAGGAGCAGAUGAAUGCUCUCUGAAAUCUAAUUAUUCCUGAACAAAGGCAGUUUUAAUUUGAAGAUUGUGGUGGUUUAAUUCCCCAUUUCCCCCUUCUUGACAUCAUGACUUCCUCCAUGCUCCGCCGACAGCUGAAGAACUUGGUCCAGAAUUACUCUGAGGCUGAGGUUAAGGUGAGAGAAGCUACUUCCAAUGAUCCAUGGGGUCCAUCCAGCUCUCAGAUGGCAGACAUCUCUGAUCUCACUUAUAAUGUGGUGGCCUGCAACGAGAUCAUGACUAUGCUUUGGAAGCGGCUUAAAGAUGACAAGAACUGGAGGCACAUACACAAGUCUUUGACGUUACUUGAGUACCUGUUGAAAACUGGGGAUGAACGUGUGCUCCUGAAAAUGAAAGACAACAUUUACAUUGUGAAGGCUCUCACAGAGUACCGCUUUGUUGAAAAGGAUGGCAAAGAUCAGGGUGCUAAUGUAAGAGAGAAGGCCAAGGUUGUACUAGUUCUAAUGGAGGAUGAUGAUAAACUGAAGGAAGAAAGAGACUUUGCCCUAAAGACCAGAGAAAAGACAUCAAAAAGUGCUGCUGCCUCAUCAGCAGAACCCCUUAAGGAUCCUACUUACAAGCCACGCUACGAUCCUGGUUCUACAGGCCUUCCGUCUCUAGACAAUAUACCUUCCGUAGCUGAUCUAACCGCUUCCUUCGCUGCCCGCAAAGAGGAGCGCCUUCGACUUGAGGCUGAGAAGAAAGAAGCAGAGAGGAGAGCAAAGAUGAGCGAAGAGGAGUUGCAAUGGGAAGAUGCAGGCAAAACUGCAGACUCAAAGGGAAGUGCUUGGGGAGGAGACAAAUCAGAGGAAGAGGAAGUAGUGAAUAAAGACCCAUGGGGAGCCCCUAAAGAAACCAGCAGCGAUCCGUGGUCAGGUGCAGCCAAAACGAGAGAUCCAUUUGCAGAGGCAGCAAAAACCGAUGAAGAUCCAUUUGCCGCACCAAAGAAUGGAGAAGAUCCAUUUGUAGCGCAGAAAGUUGAACCUGAUCCCUUUAGUGCCCCAAAGAAUGGAGAAGAUCAUUUUGGUGCAAAAAAAGAUAAACCUGAUCCCUUCACGUCUUCUAACAAUGAUCCCUUCAACGCCCCCAAGGACGAUCCCUUCAACGCCCCCAAGGACGAUCCCUUCAACGCCCCCAAGGACGAUCCCUUCAACGCCCCCAAGGACGAUCCCUUCAACGCCCCCAAGGACGAUCCCUUCAACGCCCCCAAGGACGAUCCCUUCAACGCCCCCAAGGACGAUCCCUUCAACGCCCCCAAGGACGAUCCCUUCAACGCCCCCAAGGACGAUCCCUUCAACGCCCCCAAGGACGAUCCCUUCAACGCCCCCAAGGACGAUCCCUUCAACGCCCCCAAGGACGAUCCCUUCAGCGCCCCCAAGGACGAUCCCUUCAACGCCCCCAAGGACGAUCCCUUCAGCGCCCCCAAGGACGAUCCCUUCAGCGCCCCCAAGGACGAUCCCUUCAGCGCCCCCAAGGACGAUCCCUUCAGCGCCCCCAAGGAUGAUCCCUUCAAAACUUCACCCAGUGAUCCAAUUACUACUCAAAAAGACGUUCCCCUUAAAACACCAAAUUAUGAUGACCCGUUUGGCACUCCCAAGGACGAUCCUUUCACAGCUCCAACAACAUCUCCUACACAAGAACUUACUCCUAAAGACGACUCCUUUGUUGCUCCCAAAGCACAGUUCAAAGAUCUAUUGUCAUCUCCAACAAAAGCCAUUGAAGUAGACCCUUUCUCUACACCAACAUCACCCCCUAAAGAGGAUCCUUUCUCUGAGCCUUUUAAAUCCAUAAAGGAGGACCCGUUUGCCAUGCAAUCAUCACCAUCUAUGGAAGAUCAAUUUACAGUGCCAUCCAGUCCACCACAAGGGAAGACCUCAGAUCCCUUCGGAGCCCCAGUGGAGGGGUCACCACAAGUUACCACAGACACUUGGUUGGCACCCUCUGCUCCAACUCAAACACAUGGGAAAGAUCCCUGGGGAGAAGGAGCUUCUUCACCUGUUAAGGAUUCUGACCCAUUUGGAGAUGCAUCUAAACCAGAAAAUGACCCAUGGGGUGCCCCUGGGUCUGCCCCCGUUGCUGCAGAUGAUGCGUGGGGAGCUCCUGCUCCUCCAUCAGAGUCCUCCCCGUCUGAUGACCCCUUUGGAGAUGUGGCAUCUAAAUCCAGCGACCCCUGGGGCUCCCCAAGCAAUGACCCUACAGGGAAGGAGAUGACCAGAAAGGCCGUGUCCUUCCUGGGCCCGGUGGGGGCGUCGCUGGUUGAUUUGGAUGAUCUGUUUUCCUCCAAACCCAGACCACACCCCCUAACAGACAUGCCUGGCCCCCCAACACAAGCCAUGGGCUCUGCCCCCAUCCCUUGCUCCCUCCCCUCCUCCCUUCGAGCUCCUGUCCCUCCUCCUGUUUUCCCAGGCACUUCCACAGACAGCUCAUCUGGUCUUAUGGUUCCGUCAGCUUUUCCUGAAAGCUCCACCCCUUGCCACAACCCAUUUGGCUCCAAUCUCACACCCGCUCCAUAUGGUGCAGUGCGCACCUCUUUUAGAGCUGCGGGUGAACCGCCCACAUUUCCGCCCCCACCAUAUAUUUUGGGGGGGUCUCAGUCCACAGCUUGGGGGGUUCCUGAAGCAGCGAAGGUGCAGCUUGGGUCUGUGAGAGGGACCACAGAAGGAAUGGUGCAGUCUGGGACGGCUUUGCUCGGAGGAAACCACCUGGCAGGUGUGCCUCACCUCUGCGGUUCCACCACAACCAACAAGAACAACAAUCCAUUUUUGUUCUGACAUGUCAUCACGCGCGGCGCCUUCACCACACUAACAGCAAGUCACUUCAUUCACAGGAAAAAAAAGCACAUUUUGGAAGAAAGCAAUAAAAGAUUUUUCAAUCCAGACUUUUAGUUCGAUCCACCAUCAAUAGAUCCAUUUCCAGUGGUGUUCAGAUAAUUGGACUGAAAAUCGUUUUCUUCCUGGGGGUGGUUGGUGCGACUCUUUACUUCUGUUUUUUCUUGGCAGCCACCCUUUCCUACUCCACCACUGUGGAAACGAGCUCUUCUUCCAUCAGAAAUCUGAACGUUUUGUGUUAAUCCUACGAGUUACACCGUAAAUGUUUGCUUUCUUAUCUGUGAGGAUGCUAUCUUUGCAAAAAUGUUGUAGAAAAAGGCCUAAAGGUGUAAGGUAAUCAAAGGCCAGUUAUGCUGCUUUCACACCAGACUCGUCUGCCACCUCUCUUUUGACGCAGAACAACCACCAAGGUUUUUCUGGACUUCAUUUGUUGCCACAUUAUGGAGAACAUGGAUGAUGUUGAGCGAGUAGCUCAGGGCUUUAUGUUUUGGAGAGCCCUACGGAGGUGCCGGCAUGCACGUUGCUGUAUCUGGGUUCACCAGAUCCUUCAGAGUCUCUCCUGGUGCUCUUCACUCCUGCAGCAGGAGCUGCGCCUUGGUUUUUGGCUGUUUGAAACGUUACUUCCGUCUGGCUGUGGCCCAGUUUGAGCAUUAACCUGCUGGGGGGAAAAAUAAGCCGUCAUUAUUGUCUUGAUAAGAAGCAUCAUAAGCCCAUGGAGCUGGAACAAUUGCGGCUGCUAUGACGGCACACGCUCUGUCUGCCGGACAGCCAACUGCUUGCGGGCCAGCAUAGCGAGUACCGCUGCUCAGGCUCCAACAGCGCCGCUCGCUCGAUCCUCCUCUUCUGCUCGUUCAUCAUGCUACGUCGCCGGACACAGUUACUGUUUCUGUUGGGCACCCUGGUAUACACCCUGGACAGGCCGCGACCUGUUCACUAACCGGGACAGUAACUGGGACAUCCUUCGGUAGCCCUGGUGUCCCAACGGGUUAAGAAAAUGGAUGGGAAUUCAGGAUGGAAAUCCUCUCAUCCAACAGCCAUAUUGGAUUUAUUUUUCUACCCUAUGAUCGAGUCGCUGAAAAUGUCACGCGUCCCUGAUUGGUUGUGCGCCCGAUGUGCAGAACCUCAGAUCGCGUGUGCACAUUGACUUAACAUUGAAACUCGACGCCCCAGACACACGUGGCAUCCGGUGUGAAUGCAGCAGAAGAAAGCAAUUGGAGUUCAGAUAAAACCUCCCGUUUCCAUGGUGACGGCUUAAAGAUUGUUUACCUAUGGAGUGUAAAAUAAUUUAAUUUACAUUAAAAUAUAAAUGAAAAUACUUGAAGACCCACCCCAAUCAUCUUUUGACCUUUUUUUCAAAGCGUUCACAGUUUUCUUUUAAUUAGGAUUUUGCCGUUUUUAACCUAGGUAAAAAAAAAAAACGUUUUCGUUUUUUUAUAGGACAUAAUUGCCGCAGACCAGCUGUUCAUACAAAAUUCAACUCUGGGUUGUGGGCGGUACCGUUGACCUUGAGCAACCCCGUGCCCCUUACCAUACCUGUUGUUGAGAGCUCUUUGUUUACAUGCUCUCUUACUACCUUACAGCCCCUCACACCCACAACCGAACAUUUCUCGGGCAGCAGAAAUGGCGAGCAAAACAGCUAUCCAGUCGUACAGUUUAGAGCCAAAUUGCAGCUCAGAUGAGAAAAGCAAAGGAUUUAAUCGUCUACAAGUAGAUCCAUCAGAAUGGAGCAGAGCAGGGAGCUUGUUGCCCACCCAUUGUUGUUUUUGUUGUUUCGACAUCACAAAUACACUUUUUAUUUAUACAGUAUUUUUUCUGUUUCUGAUUCAAAAUGGUUUAACUAGAAGCCCGAAAUGUAAUUUUGAGCUAAAUCCACCUUAUUUAUGUCCUCCAUCAUUCAAAAAAGGCCACAAGAACAUGUUAAAAACACCAAAAACACCAUUUUCAUCGAAGUGGGGCUUUAAAUGGUCAAACAAUAAAGUUUUAAACACUCAUGAACAAAUCCUAUUACUGAAUAACCAUUUUUCUGGACAAUCGCACAGACCAACAAAAUGCAUAUAAGUGUUUCAAAAAUACGUCUAUUUGAAAUUUUUCCAUGAGUGUUAGACUUGUGUGUGUCUGUGUGAGUGUGUAUGCAGUACACAUUCAGUAUAUAUUGUGCUGAUGUUUUGUAAAUAAUGAAAACAGAUAAAACCUUAAAGUAUGUAUAUCAGAGUGUUACAAUGAUCUAUUUAUUGUUGGCUUUUCGAUGUAGCAGAGGCCUUUCAAAAAGGCAGAGGUUUCUGGAGAACGCGUGAUUGGUUCUAGUUCUAAACUCAUUGUGCGUUUGUGUGUGUUUUCCCCUCCAUCAGUGGAAAAUGAGCCUCACUGUUGGCUGAAUUCAAACUUGAAGACAGCUUGUGCAUGCGGUCCGAGCUGCUCCUGUAAUCGUGUAUCUGCCUUUCAGUGAUUUUCAUGUGACCGACUACAAUGCUGCAUUCCUGCAAACUGAUUUUGGAGUGAAACAGCAGGGAGGAUUUCUGUUUAAAGUCCUGCUGAAGGGACGAGAAGACACAGACGUUCAGUUCCAAGGUGUUUUACUCAAGAUUAAGUCCACAUUACUAUAAUUUUUCAGGUUAAUUUUCUACUAAAUGGGUCUUUUGCUGUAUAUUUCAGUUUGAGGCUGUGUUGUAUUCUGUGAAAGCGUUCAGUACAGUUAAACAUUAAAAUUAUGAUAAUGUUU